GAGUCCCCAGAGAAUCCGGCACUGUCGGCAUCUGGCUUGGCUUCCUUCUGUUGUUAAGUUAUUAAUUGCUGCUCUGCCCAUUCGUCCGGUCUGCAACCUCAUGCACGAACACGCGCUGACAGUUGUCUCUGGUUUCGUUCCACAUGGAAAGAUAUACGCUCCUGCGUGGCCUCGUUGAAUGGGACCAGACACCUCAUAUCGUUUUGACUGCAGCCUAAUGGCACCGAUAGCAUGCACGGCCAAGUUCCCCAGUUUACCUUCUUCUCGUGCCAUGCCGACAAGGCACAGCACGCAUCGAGUUGGGAAGAACUAGCACCGCACUUCGAGAAACCCACAUCCGACGAUGUCUGGUGGCUGGACGUUUGUGACGGUACAGAGGACGACGUCGCUGCCGUUGCUCGCUCGCUGGCAAUCCAUCCCCUGACGGUGGAGGACAUUGCCCUGCAGGAGCCGCGACAGAAGAUUGAGACUUUCCCGGACUACUAUCUCAUCACGCAGCGCACAUUGUCUGCCUCGCUCGACGAUCAAGAGAUAAAAGAGCCCAAGAUCAGCGAGGAUGGCCCCUUGCUUGCAAUGCCAGGUCGUCCCAGCCCCCAGAUGCUGUUCAUCCUGGUCUUCGGUCAUGGCACAGUAACCUUCUCUCGCAGCGGCACUGGCCAUGUCGGUCGAGUGCGCAGUCGAAUUGCCAGACUGCACGAUCGAUCCGUCCUCUCCAGCGACUGGAUCUGCUAUGCCCUCUUGGACGACGUAAUCGACAGCUUCCAGCCCAAAAUCGAAGCCAUGUCACGCGAAUCCGAAGCAAUCCAAGACCAGAUCUACAUCGCGCGAGACGACGACAUGACCCCGUUAAUGCUGCGGAUCUACAACCUCCGCAAACGCAUCAACCACCUCACGCACUCCCUCUCCGGCAAAUCCGACGUGCUGAACGGCUUCGUCAAGCGCUGCCAGACAAAACGCUGGCACCCUGCCUUCCCAGCCGGCGAUCUGAUCGUCUACCUCAGCGAUGUCCAAGACCACCUCGUCACGAUCCUGGCUGAACUAGCGCACCUCGACGAGAUAACGAGCAGACUGCAGUCGAACUUCCUCGCGCAGACGAGCGUGCAUAACAUGCGGCUGAGCGCGAGACUCAACUCGGGAUUAAGCAAGGUGACCGUCCUUGCGACGAUCUUUGUGCCGCUGCAUAUGGUGACGGGGUUGUUUGGGAUGAAUGUUACUGUUCCGGGGGAUGAUGUUGAGGGUUCGCUGGCGUGGUUCUUUGGGAUUGUGGGGGUGUUUAUUGCUGUUAUUCUCGCUGCUUGCUUUGCGGCGUGGAGGUUUAAGCUGUUGUAGCUACCACAUGAACCGGGUUAUACAUUAGAAUUGGCCAUAGAAUUGCCAAAAUCCUGUCAUUCUCCAC